AGAUGCCAGACCUCAGCCUAACAAGUGGAAUCUGAGAAGCAUCUACUGCUCGGAAAAGCACUAAGAGGCAGACAGAACUAAACCCACCAGCAGCAUCAUGAAGCCAGGCAGCUUUCUCCUCCUCACUCUGAUGGUCUUCUUUUUGUACUCAGAUGUUGUUGUUAAAGCAUCAUGGGAAGCGAAAUAUUGCAAAAGAUAUCCAAACCCAAUAUGCACCAUGGAACUCAACAACCACUGCGGUUCUGAUGGCAAGACCUAUGGCAACAAGUGUCAAUUCUGCAAUGCAUAUAUUGAAAGUAAAAGAACGCUGAAACUGAAAUACUAUGGAAAAUGCAAAAAAAAUUAAGAUGCACAAGAUUAAGAAACAUCUGCCAAGGAAGUCCCAUUUUGAUUCAAGCUUCACUCAUUGCAUCACCACAAAAAAAUUGUUCUUCUCUUUGCUUAUGCUCUGUGAGCCAGUGAAUAUCUCGCAACAUCUUUAAUUGAUUUAUCAAUAAAUAAGCUCAGCAACA